AUGCCGGCUUUUCUGAUUGUCAUGCCACCGAAUAGACGCGAAUACCAUAUUGUUGUUCUGGGUGCUGGAGGUGUCGGAAAGAGUUGUUUGACUGCGCGUCGAUUUCCCGAGGCAGCAGCUUAUACAUCCGCAGCGCAAUUCGUUCAAAAUGUUUGGAUUGAAAGUUAUGAUCCUACCAUCGAGGACUCAUACCGUAAGCAGAUUGAGGUGGAUGGCCGACAAUGCAUUUUGGAAAUUCUCGAUACUGCAGGAACAGAACAAUUCACGGCGAUGAGAGAACUCUACAUGAAGCAAGGCCAAGGCUUUUUGCUGGUCUUCUCUAUCACUAGCAUGUCAUCACUGAACGAGCUCUCCGAACUCCGCGAACAGAUUAUCCGAAUCAAAGACGACGAAAAAGUUCCCCUUGUGAUUGUUGGCAACAAAUCCGACCUCGAAGAUGACCGAGCAGUCCCACGAGCACGCGCCUUCGGAUUAUCACAAAGUUGGGGCAAUGCUCCAUAUUACGAAACCUCCGCUCGCCGCCGUGCAAACGUCAAUGAAGUCUUCAUCGACCUUUGCCGCCAGAUCAUCCGCAAAGACCUGCAGGGCUCAGGUUCAAGCAGCGAUUCCGCGCGUAAACGCGAAGGUUCGAACCGAAAUGACCGCAAAAACAACAAAACACAGCGCCGUCGAUCGCCGUGUGUUAUUCUCUAG